GCACAUGAUUUGCGCAAAUCCAACCCUCGACUGGGUUCUCUUCAAGGUAGUGACAUCGAAAGAAUCAAUCAACUUUCCAAGAAUUUGACUUCUCUGUGGCAAAAGCUGGUAAUUUGAUGAAUUUGUUUGUUUGUUUGUUUGUUUGUUUGAGUUAACAAAGUGAAAGUGGACAAGAGGAAACCUUUCUAAAAGAAAGAGAAAUAAGAGAAAUUCCUCUCUAAUAGAUUUCUACACUGCAGUACAUUUUAUGUAAGAUGAUUUGUCGGUAUAAGCCUAGAGGAUCUUAUGAAAAAUUGUGGCCAGGGAACCACACAAUGCAAAAUCUUUUUUUAUUGAGAUACUUCAAGCAGAUGCCAUAAAAUUUAAGCCUCUUGAUUAAGUUCAGGGCAUAUCCAGAAAGUUUGAGGGUUUUGUAAAGUCAGCGUGGGCACAUUGUGCCCCCUCCUGCCAGGCUAAAAAGGUUUAAGUCAAGAGCGAUUAAGGUAUAGGCACGCUUAGGAUCAAUGAGGCUCAUACGGUCAAAGCUUAUCUCGUUUCGGUAGUUUGAACCACCCCUGGAUCUUGGUCCGAUCCAUCAGACCUUAAGAUGAUUAAAACCGUUUAUACCUAAUUCGAUAAAGGAUGCUUUGGCAAUUGGUCAUUGGCGAUUGGGCAUAGGGCAUUCAGGUGUACAGAGCAACGCAAUAAUGUGCUUGAGUGACCACAAAAAAAUAGAUUCCCAGCGCCCAAUUACCAAUGCCGAAAGAAGACUUUGUUGA